UUCAACUAGAUGCCAAUUCACUACUAAAAUCACGAUCCCAUAAUUGCAGAAAUGCCGUCGCCUACCGCAAUCGUCACAUCCCCGACCUCGUCUUCAGGCUGCGAGAGCCUCAACGCAGGCCGCAAAACCCGCGUCACCGCCGAACACACCCUGAACCGCGUACGAGAGAACCAGCGCCGACACAGAGCGCGGAGGAAGGAUUACAUCGCGAGCCUGGAGCAGAAGCUCGCAGAGGCAGAGAAGCAGUUAGCGGAGGCUCGGGCGGAGCUCGCUGCUGUGAAGGCCGAACGAGAUGCUUGCGUCUCGGCUUCGAAGAGCGUGGAGAGCGACGCAGCACGCGACAUAAGGGCGGAAGACAUCACACUGCAGGGAACCAACGGCGCCGCACCAAACCAGCAAGCCGAUCUCCUCCUUCCACCCCCACCGCCCCUAGAACACCCCGAUGUCCCCGACCUCUCCUUCCUCGGUCCCUUCUACAUCCCCGACCCCCUAAACCUCUCCCCAACCAGCACCUCCCCGCUCUCCCUCGCCGACCUGCAACUCCAGCUCCCGGAUCCCAUCGACCUCGCGCCCGGCCCACCGCCCUGCUGCAAAGACAGCCCGUCGGCGGCUCCACCCGAAGACCCUACGGAUCCGGAGUGCACUAGCUGCAAAACGCGGCCUGCGCCCGCGCCCUCGGAGAGCACGACGCUGUGCGCCCAGGCAUACGUGUUGAUCCAGCAGCAGAACUUUCGGGCGAUCGAUCCCGCUACGAUACGGCUGUGGCUGUACCAAGGGUUUAGGAGGGCGCAGAGGCAGGGCGAGGGGUGUAGGGUGGAGAAUGGGGCAUUGUUUCGGUUGCUGGAUUAUAUUAGUGGGGUGUGAGGGUGGAAAGGGUUGGAAGAGAGAAUUGCGGGUUUCGGAAGGGCAAAGGCGAAUUGGGGGAGCAAGUGAGUGGAUGAAUACGCUCUAUGACGGGGAGGGAGAAACGAUUCAGAACGUUUUUGCAUGUUAGAAGCGACAUUGGAGAUACCAUUUCAUGAACCGGCUACCUGUACGCUAUGCAGUUACGCCCGUAAAUACGCACCUAAAGCCCGAAGAAUAUCGUCAUCGCCUUUUUGGAAA